AUCCACCUUUAUGGAAGCAUUAGCAGCAAAUGGUACAACCAACAUACAGACAUCUGUAACAGGAGUGACAGCCAGCAAACGAAGGUUUAUUGAUGACAGGAGAGAUCAACCUUUUGAUAAAAGGCUACGUUUCAGCGUGAGACAAACGGAGAGUGCGUACCGGUACAGAGACAUUGUUGUCAGGAAACAAGAUGGAUUCACACAUAUUUUGCUAUCAACAAAAUCAUCUGAAAAUAAUUCAUUAAAUCCAGAGGUAAUGAAGGAAGUCCAAAGUGCACUGAACACAGCGGCUGCAGAUGACAGUAAACUUGUGCUGUUCAGUGCAGUUGGUAGCAUUUUCUGCUGUGGUCUUGAUUUUAUUUAUUUUAUACGACGUUUAACAGAUGAUAGAAAAAAGGAAAGCACUAAGAUGGCAGAAGCUAUUAGGUAUGUAAGAUUAUCUUUAGUCAUCUGAUGGGUAUCCUUCAUCAUGUAACCUGGCUUGUUUUAUCUUUUUCGUUUUAAAAGCCUCUAAUUCAAAAAGAUCACAGACAUUCCCCUGUUAUGAGAUAUGCUGUGCAGCACUUCUUUAUACUUUCUGUCCCUUUCUCUUUGGGUUAUCAUUUCACACAUCACUAUUUUUACUUUUAAAAUUGAACUAUGAAAACUGGGAGUAUGGUAAUAGUCCUCCAGUUAAAACCAAUUUUAAAAUACUUAAAUAGCCUUAGGGUUU